AUGUACCAGGAGUUUCGUCAGUUGUAUUGGCGACUGGGCAUGAAAAGGGAAGUGUCAGAGUUUGUCGCUAGAUGUCAAGUAGUCAGCAGGUUAAGGCAAAACACCAGGUUCCCUCAGGGUUACUCCAAUCUAUUCAGAUACUUUAGUAGAAAUGGGACGAGGAAUUUGCUAUGUUGGACAAAGUUUAGUAAUGGUGAGAUAAUGAUUCUUGACAUAAUUAGAGAGAUUGAGGAGAAGGACCGGUUAAUCCAGUGUAGGUUGAGAGAAGCCUUAGACAGGCAGAGAUCUUAUACAGACUUGAAGCAUAAAGAUGUUGAGUUCGUAGUGGAGGAUAAAGUGUUACUCAAGGUUUUCCCCUUGUAA